GCCCUGGGUCCCCGAGCCCCGCGCUCUGAGCCCSGGCCUGGGGCCGAGGAUGCUGAUGCCGAGGUGGCGCCCAGGGCGCGGCGAGUGACAGCGCUGAAAGUUGGGUGGCCCGCGGGGAGCGGCGCGGGACGGCCUGGAGGCGCCGAGACCCCGAGACCCCACGCCCAGACCGACCGGCAGCCGGCGAGGGGGCGCGGGCCGGCCGGCCGAGAUCGCGGGCCGGGGGCGSCGGGACGCCCCUCUCCCCUCCCGGACGCCGCCCGCAGGACUGCGCCGGGGGAUGUAGCGCCCGCUUGCCGCCUCCCGGACACUCGUCGGACCCUCAGCCCCGCGGCCCUGCCUCUUCCCAGGUGACCACGCCGGCCUCAGGACAUGCACGGGCACAGCCGCAACGGGCAGGCCCACGUGCCCCGGCGGAAGCGCCGCAACCGCUUCGUCAAGAAGAACGGCCAAUGCAACGUCUACUUCGCCAACCUGAGCAACAAGUCGCAGCGCUACAUGGCGGACAUCUUCACCACCUGCGUGGACACGCGCUGGCGCUACAUGCUCAUGAUCUUCUCCGCGGCCUUCCUCGUCUCCUGGCUCUUUUUUGGCCUCCUCUUCUGGUGCAUCGCCUUCUUCCACGGUGACCUGGAGGCCAGCCCCGUGGUGCCUGCGACCGGGGGCCCGGCGGGCAAUGGCGGGGCGGCGCCCGCAGCCCCCAAGCCCUGCAUCAUGCACGUCAACGGCUUCCUGGGCGCCUUCCUGUUCUCGGUGGAGACCCAGACGACCAUCGGCUACGGGUUCCGCUGCGUCACCGAGGAGUGCCCCCUGGCGGUCAUCGCCGUGGUCGUCCAGUCCAUCGUGGGCUGCGUCAUCGACUCCUUCAUGAUCGGCACCAUCAUGGCCAAGAUGGCCAGGCCCAAGAAGCGCGCGCAGACGCUGCUCUUCAGCCACCACGCGGUCAUCUCGGUGCGCGACGGCAAGCUCUGCCUGAUGUGGCGCGUGGGCAACCUGCGCAAGAGCCACAUCGUGGAGGCCCACGUGCGGGCGCAGCUCAUCAAGCCCUACAUGACCCAGGAGGGCGAGUACCUGCCGCUGGACCAGCGGGACCUCAACGUGGGCUACGAYAUCGGUCUGGACCGCAUCUUCCUGGUGUCGCCAAUCAUCAUCGUCCACGAGAUCGACGAGGACAGUCCACUCUACGGCAUGGGCAAGGAGGAGCUGGAGUCCGAGGACUUCGAGAUCGUGGUCAUCCUCGAGGGCAUGGUGGAGGCCACGGCCAUGACCACCCAGGCCCGCAGCUCCUACCUGGCCAGUGAGAUCCUGUGGGGCCACCGCUUCGAGCCCGUGGUCUUCGAGGAGAAGAGCCACUACAAGGUGGACUACUCGCGCUUCCACAAGACCUACGAGGUGGCCGGCACGCCGUGCUGCUCCGCCAGGGAGCUGCAGGAGAGCAAGAUCACCGUGCUGCCCGCGCCGCCGCCCCCGCCCAGUGCCUUCUGCUAYGAGAACGAGCUGGCCCUCAUGAGCCAGGAGGAAGAGGAGAUGGAGGAGGAGGCCGCCGCCGCGGCCGCCGCUGUGGCUGCAGGCCUGGGCCUGGAGGCGGGCUCCAAGGACGAGGCAGGCAUCAUCCGGAUGCUGGAGUUUGGUAGCCACCUGGACCUGGAGCGCAUGCAGUCCACCCUCCCGCUGGACAAUAUCUCCUACCGCAGGGAGUCUGCCAUCUGACCUCCAGCCCUGCCCUCUYGCUCCUGCAAGAGCCUCUGCCUGAGGGUGGGCUGCCAGACACCUCCCCACGCUCAGGACAGAGCUGACCCUGGCUCCGUGGACCUUCUGGAGGAAGGUGGGGGCUUCAGAGACGGUGGGACCCCUUCCUGCUGACUGCAGAGCCCAGCCUGGGAAGGGCCCCCGCACUAGGCCCGGUGGGCUGGAGCUCCCCAGUGCCUACCACAGGUGGCUCUGGGCCCCGCCCCUCCACCCUUCCCCCGACCCUUCAAGGACACGCCCCCUCUGCUCUCAGAACCUUGGGGAAGGUGGCUGGACCGCUGGGGGGUGGGCACCGUSGGGUUGGGGAGGGCAGGUGUGGGGCUGGGGAGGGGGGAGGGGCGUUUCUUUUGCAUGACUGUGGCCGUGCUCAUGACUUUCUUUUGUAAAUAUCCAUGAAGAGAGCGGGAUGGAGGCCCCAAA